AUGUAUGCAUCGCAGGAUAUUUCUGCGUUCGCACCAAUGUAUGAGGAAAAGGGUAACAUUUCAUUUGUUGAGUGUUGUGUGUAUCGGUUCAUGCGAGGUAUUUCAACCUCCUUUUUUCCACUGCUUCGUCGUCACUACAUUGAUAGCGCUGGAACAGCGGUGCUGACAAGCUCGCUUCAUUGUUUUCUGGCACUCAAGCAGCUGAGUGACGUCAUGGACGGUGACGGAGAGGAGCGGCGCCGUGGAGUAAAGUCGGCGUUUCGUGUGUGUGGGGUGAGUCUUUCGCAGGCGACGGAGGUGGCGUUUUUUCUCUCACUGUAUCGUCGUGACCAUCAGGCGCUGCUGGGUGAUGGGUUGGGCGGCUCCGUCGACACGAUCGAUGGCUCGGUGGUAUCCUCCUACGUUAAGGAGGUUUUGUUUGCUCUGGAUCACAACACAGCAAAACAGUUGUGGCACCUGCGCAGCAAAAAGGUGUUGCGGUGCUUCACGGGCAUGUCAUGUGCAGAUGAGUUGGUGGACGAACGACAACAGCGGCGGCAAGCGCAAUCGAUUCUAAGUGUUGUCCAUGCGCACGUCGUUCAUCCCUCAUUUCUGUGGAUGCCUCUUUUUCAGCUGCAGGAAAUGGUGUUUGUUUUGUCUCAGAACCGCGAGUUAACGAAUGGGCUGCAAUCGCAUCUGAAAUCCUCAGGCGCAGGGGAUGCAGAGGUGUCCGCUAUUGUUCGAGUGGGGUCUGUGGGCGGGACGCUCCGGCACUUUGGGCGGGCUCUUGGGUAUUUUGUUCUGCGCCUGUAUGUGGUGACCAACGUUCUCCGCUGUUACCGUGAUGGUCUUCGACGGGAGCAGAACCUCGCUCGCCUACCGCUGGCUGGCUCCUCACCGGCUGUGAAGAAGCGGCACGUGUGGGCGCAAAACAUGGCACUCACGCUGCACAAGAGAUGUCCCGGGUUGGCGGCAGAGGUGGAGGGACUUGACCCCACACGUCGCACACACUGCAAGCGGGCAAAUCGUCGCAUUCUGGCGCGACUUGAGGCAACUUGUCUGCUUGCAGUGCGCCACAGCCUGUUGUUUCAUGUCAAAAAACAGCGGAAAAAGUGGCGUGCAGAAAAGGCGAUGCAUCGCCUAAUGGACGGUGGUGCUGCCGUUGCGGAUGGCUCUGUUAGGGCAUGCGCUCAAGCCGAAAGGGCAACCCAACUGGACACCCUCACAAUUCACGCCAAGCGAGCUAACGCAACCGCACCGUUGGGGUUUUCUCUGUAUGGGGAGCGUCCCUCUAUACGCCGACUGGCCGUCUCAGACUACAGGGACGACUCCGAAGAUAAUCCCACCGACAAAAAUGUGAACGACACUCCUUUUUCAGAGGCACUCCGUGCAGCAGGGGUUGUAGAGCCUUGCUGCGUUGUUGGAUGGCGCAUUCUACAGGUUGACGGUGCUGAUGUGACGAGCAGCAGUGACGUCAUUGCACUUCUUAAGGGGAAACAUGCGUUUUCCAUGACACUCGCUCCUCCUGCAUAA